AUGACCAUACCCCCGACUCGUGCGCUGGUCGCCGUUCUUCACUCUUUCCUGAACUACGCCCUCACACUAUUCUACAACAUGCAAAUAUGGAAAUUACUGCUGGCAGUCUUUUCCAUUGUUCCUAUCGCUUGCGCACUUCCCAUCGACCGCCGCCCCCGCAAUGUCAUGGUCGAGCACGCAUCCAGUACUAGUGUGGAAACAGACUUAAAUACCGGCGGCCCUCUUCAUGAUGCUCUUCCACCCUCUUUAGACGACGAUGACUUAUUCCUGGAUGAAGAUGACGUGUUCAUGGAUGACGAUGACUUGAUCCUGGAGAUCCGCGACCCAACUUGCUUCGUGUGUAAGAGCGCCGGACCUGGCGCUCAUGGUGGGAAAGUCUCCAGGCACGUAGUCUGUGACACAGGUCGCGUCCAUGUCGCACAUAGUGGCUGUGCCAACUCCCUAAGGAACCGAAGGUGUCCUGAUCCCGUUGGAGAAUGCACUGGCACUCCCAGGCGGAAACCCAAACCGGUGGUACCUGUUGACCCAAACGAACGUUGCUUCGUGUGUAAGAAAGUCGGAGGCGGGGAACACGGCGGGCUAGUCAACGUAGCGUUUGGGUGUGACAGAAAUGGCCGACAUAUGGUACAUGGUUACUGUUUCCCUCGGCCCAGUCGAAGCAAAAACAAAAAGGUCCCGAAGUGUGAAGAUGCCAACUGCCCGGGCAACCGCGUUUUCAUGAAGGCCCAUGCCGUGCGCGCUGCAUUACCCCAGGCAGGUCCGUCGAUGAGGGCCGUCACCCCGAAUCUUCCCAAUCCAAACCUGGGAGAGGCGCGGGACCAAACAUCCUCGGGCACCCAUCACAGUUCGAACCCUCCGGGCCAGUUGCAGGUGCCUUGGCAGGACCCUGAGAGAAGCGCGCCAUCAUUCCCGUCCUCCCAAUCGUCAGCCUAUUCUUUAACCCACCCCUAUCAACCCAUGCAACAGACCUACCCUAACCCCCCCAACCACGGCUUCAACGCAAACCCGGGCCCGCAAUAUCCACACCCGAAUGUGUCUCCGUCCAUGCCUCUUGGUGUGUACGAGGCACCGCCGCAACAAUACGGGAUGCACCAGACCUACCGUAACACCGCCAACGACGGCUUGAACGCAAACCCGGGCCCGCAAUAUCCACAUGGCCUGAGCGCGGCCCAAUUGCACGGGGGUCCGGAAUUUCAGGUGGGUGGGAGCAGCAUGCAACAACCAAACCCGUCCUCCUCCCAUCGUUUACCCUCGUAUGAUUCCCUUUCCGGAAAAUGCCUUGUUUGUAGCAAGGAGACGAAAGAACUGUCCUUAUGCCCUAAUGGGGAGGGACACUAUGUCCACCACGUUUGUGCGAAUUAUUGGAGGAGCAUCGAUCCGGAGCGUUGCCCAGCUGGAGGAUACUGCAAAGAAGCCGCCCAAAUCGACAUGGACUGA